GAGAGAUGAAAUGAAGACAAAAUGGAAUCCAAAUUCACAUGAAAUGAAAUGGCUACCAUUGUCCCUUUCCUUAAGGGUUAUAUAUUCAUAGCUUCCCCUUCUAAGCCUCCUUAUGUUUGAGUCUCUUCUACGGACUCCAAUUAAUAUUCAUCACCCUCCCUCUUUUUUUGAUUCUCUCUUAGAGCAGAUUUUUAAUUUUCUUUUUUUCUUUUGAUUUUUUAUAUUGAAUAGUAUUAGAUUGUUUCAUGGCGAAAGGUCGGCGGUUGACGACCAGCAGAAGCGAACGGUUUCUGGGAAGUUACAGUUACGGACACAGUCAAGGGAACACUGUGACGGAGGAAACGGAACUUGGCGAGGAAGAUGUCUGGUCGAUGGUUGAUAACGUCGCGAACCGAGAUGACCAGAGUGUGAAUAAUUCUCAGAGCGAGUGGCGUCCACGCACUCAGCCUGAGAGUAAUGGGAAUGAGAACUUGGACAUGAGAGGGAGCCGUAGCCGAAUUCCCCGGAAUGACCACCGCAUGGGCGGGCUGUCUUUGGCUUUCGAGGAUUCUUCUUCGACGAAGCCUGGGAUCGUGCAUCAGUUUCGUGGCAAUGAUGGCGUGGCGGCCGCAGCUUCGCCACGUGGGCACCAUAUGGCCACGUCAGCACCGUUGAACGUGCCUGACUGGAGUAAGAUUUACAGGGUCGACUCAGUUGAGUCGAUACAUGAGUCGGAUGAUGAUGAGUCGGAUAUGGUGCCCCCACACGAGUACUUGGCGCGUGAGUACGCAAGGAGUAAGAAAACGGGCGGGGCUUCGGUUUUUGAAGGCGUGGGUCGUACCCUCAAAGGCCGGGACAUGAGGCGCGUCAGGGAUGCAGUAUGGAGCCAAACAGGGUUCGAUGGUUAACCAAUUUGUCGGCCACUUGAAAACAAAUCCAAAACCAGCUUAAUUAUGAUUGAUUAAAAUGCGAUUACAUCAUUAUUUUUUUGUUACUUGGGCAAUAAUUCGGCUGAGUUGACACAGUUGAGUCAACUUAGUACCGAGUGAGCUCAAACAGGAUUUUGAAUUUAGGGGUCCAAAAAUUCUGUUUUUAGAUUGGAAUUUAGAAUUUGAGGAGUGUGUUCAAUUUCUGUUUAGUAGUAAUUUUGAUCCAAAAUUAAGAUCGGAAAAGAAAAAAAAAAAGUUCUUAAUCAAGGGUUUUGGACAAAUUUUUCCACUUUAAAAUAGCCAUACUGAUAUUACAUUAACUUAGAAAUUAACCAGUGGGUGAGCCUUUGUUAUUA